AUGGCGAGCGGGCUUGAGGCGCACGUGGUGCCUGCAGCGGGAGGUGGCAAUGACACGAUGGAGUACACGCGCGGCAAGGCCGGCGAGACGGACAACAAGGGCCUCUCUCUGGUGCAGCAACACGCCCUCAGGGUCAAAGAAGUGAAGCGCAAAGUUGCCGCGGAGAAGCUGACGGCUCUGACCCCGACGAUGAGCCGUCUGACGCGCCAGAUCGCGCUCGAAGAGACAGGCUACAACGUGGACAAGGCGCUGGAGUUCGUGCGCGCGUUCCAGCAAGCCCACCCGGACCAGCUCGACGAACUCAACAAACGCCGGCUCCGCUUCCUCGCGGAGCGCCGAAGCAGGAAGCGCGCAGAAGCUGCCGAGAAGGCCGGGGCCGCGGCGGAGGCCGACAGCGACGCGAGCCCCUCGGCUGAGUCAUCCUCGGACGACUCAUCCGGUGCGUCGGACAGCGACUCGUCGGGCCGCGGGAGGGGGUCGCGUCGGCGGGACAAGCGCCGCAGCAAGUCGAAGAAGAAGUCGCGCAAGCGCUCGCGGCGGUCCCGGUCGCGCUCCCGCGACCGCACGCGCUCCAGGAAGCGCGACAGGAGGGAGAAGGACAAGAAGGCGAAGCGCACACGGAGCAGCCGAGACGACUCCAAGCGGAGGACGAAGCGCAGCCGGCGGUCGCGCUCCCGGUCGCGGGACCGCGGGGGCGACCAGUUCGGCAAGUACGGCGUUCUGCGCGCGGGCGACGUGGACGCCAAGCGGCCCGAGUUCGCGGUGUGGGCGCGCGAGGUCAAGGGCCUGGACAUCGACGUGCUGCCCGGGCAGGAGGAGAAGGAGCUGUGGAGCCAGUUCGUGGAGGACUUCAACACCGCGACGAUGCCGAGCAAGAAGUACUACGACCUGGCGGCGUACGAGCAGCGCAAGGCGGCGCGGGCGGGCGCGGGGGAGCUGGCGCUGGGUGCGGGCGCGGGGACGAACGUGAUGGAGGACGAGGCGAGCCGGAGGCGCGAGCUGGUCGAGGCGCGCCGGGCUGCGAGGGAGGCGGAGGUGCAGGAUGCGUACCGCAGGCUCAAGGAGUCGGGGCGCGCGGGGGACAUGAGGGAGCAGGACCGCCUGCGCGCGGAGAUGACGGCGGCGUACCGCGCGGGCGACACGGAGAAGGCGUACAAGAUCCAGCGCAGGCUCGAGCCGGACGAGCGGCGCUGA